CCUAUUCAUUCAAGUCAGUCACCUAAAAUGGCUGGAGAGAAGAGAAGGUGGAGGAGACGGAGGAGGUGAGGCGGCAGCAGCAGCAGCCGCCCCCGCUUCGGCCCACCUCUCCCACCACCAAAACAGCUUCGAGGUCUCCGCCGCCGCCACUGAAAGGCGAGCGCUCUCGUCGUAGCAGGACUUCCGCGGCGUUAUUGUGAAGCUGAACUCUCCCUUGCGUCUUCAUUUAAACACACAACACACGGGUAUAUUAAAUGAGACAUUAUUUCUCUCGAGUCUGCGCUUUCCACCUUUGAGCCAUGACGACCGGCCAAGACGAGAGCUCCGUCAGGGUGGCUGUCAGAAUCAGACCUCAGCUAGCCAAAGAGAAGAUUGAAGGAUGCCACAUCUGCACAUCUGUCACACCUGGUGAACCUCAAGUGUUCCUGGGAAAAGAUAAAGCCUUCACUUUCGAUUAUGUGUUUGAUAUUGAAUCUCAGCAAGAGGAAAUCUACGGACAGUGCAUCGAAAAGCUGAUUGAAGGCUGCUUUGAAGGCUAUAACGCUACUGUGUUUGCUUAUGGUCAGACAGGAGCUGGUAAAACAUAUACAAUGGGAACUGGAUUUGAUGUUAACUUAAUGGAAGAAGAACAGGGCAUUAUACCACGAGCUGUAAAACACCUUUACAGAUGUAUUGAAGGAAAAAAGCAUGCAGCUAUUAAACAAGGACUUCCUCCUCCAGAAUUUAAAGUGAAUGCUCAAUUCUUAGAGCUUUACAAUGAAGAAGUACUUGAUCUCUUUGAUACAACACGUGAUAUCGAUUCAAAGAACAAAAAGUCAAAUAUCAAAAUCCAUGAAGAUUCAGCAGGAGGAAUAUAUACAGUGGGAGUCACAACACGGACUGUGAAUGUAGAAGCAGAGAUGAUGCAGUGUUUGAAGCUAGGUGCUUUAUCUCGAACCACUGCCAGCACGCAGAUGAAUGUUCAGAGCUCACGCUCGCACGCCAUCUUCACUGUCCACUUGUGUCAAACAAGAGUUUGUUCCCCAAUUGAUGCAGACAACAUGACAGAUAAUAGAAUAAUUUCAGAGUCAUCUCAGCUGAAUGAGUUUGAAACACUUACUGCUAAGUUCCAUUUUGUGGAUUUGGCAGGAUCUGAACGUUUGAAGCGUACAGGAGCUACUGGAGAGAGAGCAAAAGAAGGCAUUUCUAUCAAUUGUGGACUAUUGGCGUUGGGCAAUGUAAUAAGUGCAUUGGGAGAUAAAAGUAAGAAGGUGACCCAUGUACCAUACAGAGAUUCAAAAUUAACACGACUGCUGCAAGACUCUCUUGGAGGAAACAGCCAAACAGUCAUGAUUGCCUGUGUAAGCCCUUCGGACAGAGAUUUCAUGGAAACAUUAAACACUUUAAAAUAUGCAAAUCGGGCACGAAAUAUCAAGAACAAAUUGAUGGUUAAUCAGGACAGGGCUAGCCAGCAAAUUAAUGCUCUACGAAGUGAGAUUACUCGGCUUCAGAUGGAACUCAUGGAAUAUAAAACGGGUAAAAGGAUUAUUGAUGAGGAAGGUGUGGAAAGCAUUAACGACAUGUUUCAUGAAAACGCCAUGCUGCAAACAGAAAAUAACAACUUGCGAGUCAGGAUAAAGGCCAUGCAGGAGACUAUUGAUGCACUGAGAGCCCGAAUAACACAGCUUGUGAGUGACCAGGCCAACCAGGUCCUUGCUAGAGCAGGAGAAGGUAAUGAAGAAAUCAGUAACAUGAUUCAUAACUAUAUCAAGGAAAUUGAGGAUCUCAGAGCAAAACUACUGGAAAGUGAAGCAGUGAAUGAAAAUCUUCGACGCAACUUGUCAAGAGCUUCGACCAGAUCCACAUUUUUUGGUGGCCCCUCAGCAUUUUCUUCUUCAAUGCUUCCCUCUGAUAAAGAGACAGUUGAAAUUCUUGAUCUAGCUAAAAAAGACUUGGAAAAACUGAAGAAAAAAGAAAAGAAGAAGAAAAAGAGGCUGCAGAAACUUGAGGAAAGCAGUCAAGAAGAAAGAAGUGUUAUUAAAGAGGAGAACACAGAUAAUGAACAAGAGAAGAAGGAUGAAAAGGGCAUUUCUGAAAGAGAGAAUCAUGAACUAGAAGUGGAAGAAGGCCAGGAGCUUAGCGAUCGCGAGGAUGAUGAGGAAGAUGAAGAUGAAGAAGAUGAUGACUUGGAAGUUGUUGAAAGCUCAGAUGAAUCAGAUUCCGAUUCUGACGAAAAAGCGAAUUAUCAGGCAGAUUUAGCAAACAUUACCUGUGAAAUUGCCAUAAAACAGAAGCUGAUAGAUGAACUGGAGAACAGCCAACGACGACUUCAGACCUUGAAAAGGCAGUAUGAAGAGAAGCUAAUGAUGCUACAGCAUAAGAUUCGAGAUACUCAGCUGGAAAGGGAUCAGGUGCUUCAGAACCUGGGCUCAGUGGAAUCCUGCUCAGAAGAAAAGGCAAAAAAGGUUAAAACGGAAUAUGAAAAGAAGCUCCAGUCUAUGAAUAAAGAACUGCAGAGGCUACAGGCUGCUCAGAAAGAGCAUGCCCGGUUACUUAAAAACCAAUCUCAGUAUGAAAAGCAACUGAAAAAAUUGCAGCAGGAUGUGGCAGAGAUGAAGAAAACAAAGGUUCGUCUGAUGAAGCAAAUGAAAGAAGAGCAAGAGAAAGCCAGGAUGAAUGAAUCUAGAAGGAACAGAGAGAUUGCACAGCUUAAAAAGGAGCAGCGAAAGCGAGAGCAUCAAGUAAAACUUCUGGAGGCUCAGAAGAGGAAUCAAGAAGUUGUUCUGCGCCGCAAAACAGAAGAGGUUACAGCUCUUCGUCGGCAAGCAAGACCCAUGUCUGAUAAAGUGGCUGGGAGGACGAGUCGGAAGCUGAGUGUGCCCGAGCACGCCAAUCAAGAGCCAAAUUCUAGUAUGUCUUCAGUAGACAAUGACGGGUCAAGAGCAGUAUCACAACAGAAGAUGAGAAUACCUGUAGCAAGGGUCCAGGCAUUACCAGCAGCCACAACCAAUGGAACCCGGAGUAAGUAUCAAAGAAAAGCGAUGACUGCAAGGGUUUAUACCUCCAAGGGAGCCAGAAUGAAGUGGCAGUUACUGGAACGUAGAGUAACAGAGAUCAUUAUGCAGAAAAUGACUAUAUCCAAUAUGGAGACUGAUAUGAAUAGACUGCUUAAGCAACGAGAAGAACUUACUAAAAGGAAGGAGAAGCUUUCCAAAAGGAGGGAGAGAGUCAUCAAAGAAAGUGGACCAGAUGCAGAUAAAAACAUCCACAAUAUUAAUGAAGAGAUGGAGUCACUGACUGCAAAUAUAGACUACAUCAAUGACAGUAUUUCUGACUGCCAGGCAAAUAUCAUGCAGAUGGAAGAAGCAAAGGAGGAAGGAGAGACUCUAGAUGUCACUGCAGUGAUCAAUGCCUGUACACUAACGGAAGCUCGAUAUUUACUUGAUCAUUUUCUCACAAUGGGCAUUAAUAAGGGUCUCCAAGCAGCUCAAAAGGAGGCUCAGAUUAAAGUUCUUGAAGGACGCCUUAAACAAACAGAAAUUACUAGUGCUACCCAAAACCAGCUGCUAUUUCAUAUGUUGAAAGAGAAGGCAGAAUUAAAUCCUGAACUUGAUGCUCUGCUGGGCCAUGCUUUGCAAGACCUAGAUAGCAUACCAUUGGAAAAUACAGAAGACAGUACUGAUGAAGAUGCUCCUCUAAACAGUCCUGGGGCUGAAGGAAGUUCUCUGUCUUCCGACCUCAUGAAGCUUUGUGGUGAAGUCAAGCCGAAAAAUAAGGCACGCCGUAGGACCACAACCCAGAUGGAAUUGCUUUAUGCUGAUAGCAGUGACUUAACCUCAGAUCUCAGUACAGGAGACACAGCUUUGGCUGCCCCUCUUGCAUCUGUUGCAGAAGCUCAGGAAGGUGGAAUAGCUAUUGACAUGAAAGAGUCUCCUGCUAGGGAUAGAGAGGUCAUUUCCUCACAGUCAGGCUUGCCUUCUAAGACUGGCAGCAUAUCUAGGCAGUCAUCUCUGACAGAAAAGAAAAUUCCAGAACCCUCACCAUUAUCAAAGAGAAAAGCCUAUGAGAAAUCUCCAGAGAAACCAAAAUCAAAAGAGCAAAAACACUCAGAUUCUGGAACCUCAGAGGCUAGUCUGUCACCUCCUUCCUCCCCACCAAGCCGGCCCCGUAAUGAACUGAAUGUUUUUAGCCGUCUUACUGUUUCUCAGGGAAACACAUCAGUUCAGCAGGAUAAGUCUGAUGAAAGUGAUUCCUCUCUCUCGGAGGUACACAGGGGUAUAAUCAACCCAUUCUCUUCUUCAAAAUGUGUCCGGCCUUCCCCAAUUCAAUGUAUCCAUAUUGCUGAAGGCCAUACAAAGGCUGUGCUUUGUGUUGAUUCUACUGAUGAUCUCCUCUUCACUGGAUCAAAAGAUCGCACUUGUAAAGUAUGGAAUUUAGUAACUGGACAGGAAAUAAUGUCUCUCGGUGGUCAUCCCAAUAAUGUUGUAUCUGUAAAGUACUGUAAUUAUACUAGCUUGGUCUUCACAAUCUCGACAUCUUAUAUUAAGGUGUGGGACAUCCGUGAUUCUGCUAAGUGUAUUCGGACACUAACGUCAUCAGGCCAGGCGAUGCCAGGUGAUGUUUGCUGUGGAAGUACCAAUAGAACAGUGACAAUUCCGGCUGGAGAGAACCAGAUCAAUCAGAUAGCCCUAAAUCCAACAGGCACUUUUCUGUAUGCAGCUGCAGGAAAUGCAGUGAGAAUGUGGGACCUGAAGAGGUUUCAGUCUACAGGAAAGCUAACUGGUCACCUGGGCCCUGUUAUGUGCCUUACAGUAGACCGCAUUUCCAAUGGGCAAGAUCUCAUCAUUACUGGCUCAAAGGACCAUUAUAUAAAGAUGUUUGAUGUAACUGAGGGAGCUCUUGGAACCGUAAGCCCUACACACAACUUCGAACCUCCACAUUAUGAUGGCAUUGAAGCACUUACUAUUAUGGGAGACAACCUUUUCAGUGGAUCCAGAGAUAAUGGAAUUAAAAAGUGGGACUUGGCUCAAAAAGACCUCAUACAGCAAGUUCCUAAUGCGCACAAGGAUUGGGUGUGUGCCCUUGGACUAGUGCCCGGUUCCCCUGUGCUUCUCAGUGGCUGUCGUGGGGGCAUUCUGAAGCUGUGGAAUGUAGAUACAUUUGCACCAAUAGGCGAACUGAAAGGACAUGACAGUCCUAUCAAUGCCAUCUGCACCAACUCCAGCCAGAUUUUUACUGCAUCAGACGAUCGAACUGUCAGAAUCUGGAAAGCUCCCAACUGUCUAGAUGGACAGAUCUCAGAUCCUGGUGAUGGAAGUGAAGAUGUUGCCAGUAAUUAAACCGGAGUUGAUGGGCUAAACAUCUCAAGAAAUGGCGAUAGCCUGUGCUCUUACUACAAGUUGUUUUGCAUUUAGUAAGCAAAUGCUAGCAGCUGGGGAGAAAGAAAGAACCCCUGGAAGAUACAGCUCAAUGUUCAGUGUGUUGUAUUCUGCUAAAAAUGCUGCCCUUAAGAACUGCCCCUAUGUACUGUAUUUAAAACACUAGUCUGUUGGUUAUAUAUAUACAUGCUUGCCUCACAUAUAAUGGCUGAAUUUGUGUGCAUAUAUAAGCCUUGUAAGUUAAACAAACUGGAAGUCUGUGGCUUGAAUGGCAGUCUCAAAAACUGUAACCUAGAAUAUGAAAGUGCCCUAUACCUCACUCUCUGACCCUUCUGUUCAGCCGAACGUCACUUCUCGGUCGUAUGGAAUGUGCUAGUGUGUCUAUAGUCUCAUUUCACAAGCCUUUUAAGUUAACAGAAGAGAACCGGAGCAGGAGCGGAGGGGUCCUAAAAAGUUUACUUACGUUUUGCUGCUGUAAGAAAUGUCAAGACUGGAGUCCCAGUAAACUGGAACAGAUACUGCCCUGACUGUGUCACGCUAACAGCGAAUGACCUGCAUUAAUUGUUAGCAUAUAGUCUUGUUGACCAAAGUUGUGCAGCUAUGUCUACUCUGUGCUCAGGACUAGAAUUAAAAUGCUGUUGAAUUGUUAAGAUUUUAUUAGUGCUUUGCCUACCACAGUAUUCUUACAGAAAUAUCUUAAUCUAUUUUUCUUAUGGACCUCUUUCUAUCACCUCACACUUUUUGUUUUAUUUUUAAAAAGGGGGGCAAGGUGUCCUUUCUUUUAAUCUAAUUUGAUAUGCUGCUAAAUAUAUUUUAAAUAUGUUUGCGAACCUUGACAGUUACUUAAAAGAACUGUACCAAUUGUGUCAACGAAGGCUGUGUAAAUACAUGGGUUGUAAAGACAGACUAUGUUAACAAUGUGCCUGUGUGAGAAUUUUUAAAAUGCUGUAGAGUGUGGAUAUUGAGUGAGAGGGAUGUAUAAUUUAUCCAGCUUUUCAGGUCAUUAAUUUGUAAAUUCCGCAAGUUUUAAAAGUUUAUAAUAGAGUCAGAAACAGUGUUUUAUUGUGUUGUUUGGUUUGCUAGCAGAAAAAUAUGUGCUUGUAAAUGUAUAGCUUGUGGUAGUUGAUGCUUAAAUUAAAAACAACACCCAUACACAACUGAACAUGAACUGUUUGAUUGUCACUAUUUUUGUUUGGUC